UGGGAGCGCAGAGACAGAGAGCAGUCAUUGUGCGUGAAGGACCAUGACAGUCCGGAGCGGCAGGAGUUAGGAGAGAAGAAGAAGAAAAGGAGGAGGAAGAAGCCUUCGACCGGGACCUUCCCCUGCUGCACCUGAGACCCACAAAACCUCCCGCUACGGAAACAUGCGAUUUGACAGAGAUUUGCGCGCGCGUAGUUCACUUUUUCCUUCGCGAACACCUUCAGGGAGUUCACAUGUUCCUGCGCGUCGACGAAGAGGCAAUGUUUAAGCGCAGACUACCGGCAGAGCCCCGCGGAGUUUGGACGUGUGUUUACGUAGCUUGACAACGUGUGCGAAGACGAAAUUAGCGACAAGGAGCACCGCGAAUGUAGUCUUCAGGUGGGGAAAAGCGAAUCGCUGUGCCUGCCCGGUGUCUUCCCCUGCGGUCCACCCUCCCGUGUGUUUCGGUUUCCCCGCGGGUUCCGUGUGGGUAAAGUGAGGCGAGGAUGCAGGUGAAGAAGCACCGAGACUCGGACCGGAGCGGCGGGGACAUGCUGGAAGGAGACGGCCUCCGCAAAAACGUCUCAUGCUUCUCAAAUAUCAAGAUAUUCUUGAUAUCGGAGUGCGCCCUCAUGUUGGCUCAAGGCACCGUCGGAGCAUACCUGGUGAGUGUGCUGACGACCCUGGAGCGGCGGUUCAACCUGCAAAGUGCUGACGUCGGAGUGAUAGCCAGCAGCUUCGAGAUAGGGAACCUGGCUCUAAUCCUGUUUGUCAGCUACUUCGGGGCCAAAGCACAUCGGCCCCGUCUGAUCGGCUGCGGGGGCAUCGUCAUGGCGCUCGGCGCCCUUCUCUCGGCUCUGCCCGAGUUUCUAACUAAUCCGUAUAAGAUAGGGGACAUGUGGAGGACUGACGCGGGCCGGGACGUUUGCUCCAACACCAGCAGCGCUGAAGCCCAGCGGGCUGAAGACUUUGUGUGCAACAACAGAGCCAACACCAACAUGAUGUACCUGCUGCUGAUUGGAGCCCAGGUCCUGCUGGGGCUCGGAGCCACGCCCGUGCAACCUCUGGGGGUGUCGUACAUCGACGAUCACGUGAAGAAGAAAGACUCGUCGCUCUAUAUAGGAAUCCUCUUUUCUACUCUGGUGUUCGGGCCUGCCUGUGGGUUCAUCCUCGGCUCCCUCUGCACUAAGUUCUACGUGGAUGCUAUCUUCAUUGACACCGAUAAGCUGGGCAUCACUCCAGAAGACCCGCGGUGGAUCGGGGCCUGGUGGGCAGGCUUCCUCCUGUGUGGCGCCUUACUCUUCUGCUCGGCUCUCUUCAUGUUCGGUUUCCCUCAGUCACUGCCGACCAGCGAGCGAGAGGAGGGGGCAGAGAGUGAGCAGGUCAUGCUUCCUCCCUCUCUGAGUGCAGACUACCAGACUCCAAAGCCCAGCAAUGGGGUAGCACGCAACCAUGAGCCUGCCAACAGCCCCACCUGCUGUCAGCAACUCAGGGUGAUCCCCAAGGUGACCAAGCACCUCCUGUCGAACCCCGUGUUCACCUGCAUCGUCCUGGCGGCGUGUAUGGAGAUCGCGGUCGUGGCCGGCUUUGCGGCCUUUCUGGGGAAAUACCUCGAGCAGCAGUUCAACCUCACCACAUCCUCAGCCAACCAGCUGUUAGGUAUGACGGCCAUUCCGUGUGCAUGUCUGGGGAUCUUCAUGGGCGGUCUGCUGGUGAAGAAGCUGAACUUGUCGGCGCUGGGAGCCAUCCGCAUGGCCAUGCUGGUCAACCUGAUCUCCACAGCCUGCUACGUCUCCUUCCUGUUCCUGGGCUGCAACACCGGCCCCGUCGCAGGGGUGACGGUCCCGUACGGCAACGAGACUCUGCAGGUGGGCGAGAAACCAGACGCUCCGUGCAUCAGUCACUGCAACUGCUUCACCUCCUCCAUCAGCCCCGUGUGCGGCUCCAACGGUGUCACCUACCUGUCUGCCUGCUUGGCCGGCUGCACCCAGACGGGCAGCCCUCGCAAAGCCACCAACAUCUCCCAGAACCUGACGGGAUGCGCUUGUGUAUCCUCUGAGAGUGAACUGGCCACAGCCGUUUCGGGGAAAUGUCCGAUGCCGGGCUGCCAGGAGUCUUUCCUCAUCUUCCUGUGUGUGAUCUGUGCCUGUAGCCUGAUCGGAGCCAUGGCCCAGACGCCCUCUGUCAUCAUCCUAAUCAGGACUGUGAGCCCUGAGCUGAAAUCCUAUGCACUCGGAGUGUUGUUUCUGUUGCUGCGACUCCUCGGAUUCAUCCCCCCUCCUCUGAUAUUCGGUGCUGGGAUCGACUCUACUUGCCUAUUCUGGAGUUCAGACUGCGGCGAUCGGGGCGCUUGCCUGCUCUACGACAACGUAGCUUACAGGCAUCUGUACGUGAGCCUCGCCAUCAUCCUCAAGGCCGUCGCCUUCCUCCUCUACGCCACCACGUGGUAUUGCUUACGCAGGAACUACAAGAAGUACAUCAAAAGCAACGAGGGCUACAUGACGGCGACGGAGUUUUACCCCUCUCUCACAGACGGCCCCAAACUAGUAGACAGGACAAAGUUUAUAUACAACCUAGAGGACCACGAGGUUUGUGAAAAUAUGGAGUCAGUUUUGUAGUUUGUUAUGCAAGAAAAGGACAAUGUUGACAUUCACAUUCUCGCAAAAGAACAUUUUCUUUUUCUUUUCUUCAAAGGAUAAAAUAAAGUGUUUUAGAUCAAGGCGAUCUAUUUAACGGCCCGUCACAGGUGACGUUGCUCUCCACUGCGAUCCACGUCCUCGGUAAACUUUCACGGGUCCAUUUUAGUCGUUGACGUGUCAGCGAGGUGUUUGUCCAGUGUUGCCGGAGAAUUCCUGUGUUGACUCGGUGGUAGAGGACAGACUACUGUAUUGUCAGGCUCGGCCCUAGCUGAUUAGUAAUGAGUGGACAUGAUGCUAUUACAACUAGUUGCCAUAUUGUUUUAGGUCCAUCAUGAUUCCAGUGUUCUGUGUGUCCUUUCAGUCAGUGCACUGUGUGUUCUGCCUGUCACGCUCUCAAAAAAAGGAGAUUUUUAUGAUAAGAAAAAACGAAAGUUGGGUGGUCCCUCCGUUUUUCACAUUUAAAAGUUGCCAAGUGUUUACAAACUAAUAGUUCAGUUACUGCAUUUUAUUUCAAUGCAGGAAGGUUUCUUAUAAGACGAGAACAGAAACACCCGGACUGGGUUAUUAUAGUGGCCUACUAGAUGUUUUAACUGUCAACUAACUCAGUCUAGGACCUUAAAACAAGGUGGUGUCUUCGUGUCAUCAUGCACUGUUGUUCCUCGUUCUCUUGCUGGAGCACAGCCACUGUUUUUGAUACUGUUUAGACUAGACUGUGAAGUCUAGUCUCAUAGAUGCAAAUGUGCAAUUCAUAUCUGAUACAUCGAUGUUUGUUACUAGUUUUGUGUCAGACUGCAGGUUUGUUUUUCAUUAUAGCAGUUUGUUUUAUUUCCAUACCUGCAGAGUUUAUCCAGCCUAACGCGUCUUAAUAAGGGAUUUAUUGAAAUAAGAAUGUUAAUUAUAUUUUCUUUUGACUUUUGCACCGAGUGGAAGAGCAAACAAGAAAAUCAAAAAUAAUAUUUCUGUGUUUUGGACAUUCAAGUAAAAGAGAUGGGGAGUAAUAUAUUAGUUUCAUUAGGCGAGGAAUGUUUUAUUAGAUUGUUUUUGAAAGGACAGUAUAAAUUAUAUAUAAUCGAAUUGUCUGAGAUGUGUAUGUCUGAUGUCACAGAAGAUUUGGGACAAUUCAUAGCGAUGGAAAUAGUAUGUUGCAUUGUUGGGGCAAACGAAACAACCUUAGGCCUGUAAUGUCUGGAAUAGGGCUGCACAGUUACACAACAUUUUAUCCAAAUGCCAAAAUGGCUGCUUACAAUUUCCAAAUUGCAUUCAGCGCAAUAUUUGUAAGAGGUUAAAUCUGUGUUGAAAUACAAUUUCAGAUUGAACAUUGUCGUGCUGCAGAGAUGUCCCGGCCCACAUAUCAUAUUCUACAGACUUAAGAAAGCAUCUUGGUUUGGUACAGAGCCCCCGCAAAAAUCACGCCAUCGUCAUUUUAUUGUUUUUCAGCAAAAAUGAGAAUGAUGUCAAAAAUAUCAUCACCGAUCUCGCAAAUGCAAUAUCAGUCAAACCGCAAUUAGAUUUAUUUUUCAAAAUGGUGCAGUCCUGAUCUGGGAUGAAAAAAUACAUAAAUACUACAGAGGGGUGUGUGUGUGUGUGUGUGUGUGUGUGUGUGUGUGUGUGUGUGUGUGUGUGUGUGUGUGUGUGUGUGAGGUCUAAGUGAACAACAAAGAACACACUGAAUUUAUUCCUGGACAUGUAUUUGAAGAACUCGCACGCACUGUACGAACUGUUACUCUGAUGUAUGUUCUCUCUGCAUUUACAGUUUUGACAUUGUCCCUUUUCUUACACUUUUUGUAUGGCAACAUAUCGUUUAUUUUACUCUGGAAAUAAAUUAUUUUUCAGAAAAUAAA